AUGGUGGUUCGAGUCGGACAGCAUCAUCUUCCCCCGUUGUCCAUGCCCAAACCGAUUUGGUCUCGUACAGCUCGAUACGCGUUGAGUCCAGCUCUGCGCAGAGCCACCGUGUUUCCACCCUCCGGUGCACACCAGUCACCUCUACCAGACAGUUCUGGAUCCGAGGAUGAAGAGAUGCAAACUGUUUAUCAACCAGAAAUACCGGCCAGUACACGAAAUCUGGUCUUUGCUGCAAUCAUUUUUGACGAGUUCUGUCACGAACUGGCCGCAUUGUGUUACAAUCACAGUCUCGAUCGAUCGUUAUUCACGUGA